UAGCUCGCCUCAUUCAGUUUCAUUCGAGUUGAGCGUCGAGAUUCAUUCUAUCAAUGCAAAUUAUUGAUUUUGUCUGACUUUUGACUUGCAUCAAUCAUGUGGGGGUGACGAAGUGGGGUGUUCGGGGCGUAUUUAACCAAAAACCAAACUUAUAAUCCACAAAUUAUUAUGCUGGUUGAGUGCAUCUGAUAAUCCAUUAUAAAGAACACAAUGGCCAAAUCAUAUUUCGGUGCGGUCGAUGAGUACGGAUUCGAGAGGCAUGAGGACUUCGAUUACGGUAGCUACGAGGCUUUUAUGUCGAAUUACUUGAAGGUACUGGCAUCGAGGGCGCAAAAAUGGGCCAUUCUACUCGGCGAUGAUGGAAAGUCGGUCAAACGCACCACAACUGUUAAGAGAUACGUCCGCAAAGGAAUACCUAGUGAGCACCGACCUUCAGUAUGGAUGGCUAUAUCCCAGGCAGAGAUCAUGAAAGAACAAUCUCCAGACUUAUAUCAGAAAAUUCUGGAUGGGCCAUUUGAAAAGGAACUGGUGGAUCUGGUGAAGACAGACUUGCCUCGGACGUUCCCAGACAAUAUAUACUUCACCAAAGAGGCCAAUCAUCAGACCCACCUGUUUAAUAUACUCAUAGCUUACGCACACAACAACAGAGUGGUAGGCUACUGCCAGGGACUCAAUUAUAUUGCAGGUUUGCUGCUUCUGGCGACUAAAAAUGAAGAGACAUCAUUCUGGCUGUUAAAAGUUCUUGUUGAGAAGAUUCUGCCGGAUUACUACACAAAGACUAUGGAUGGCCUCAUUGUGGACAUAGAAGUGUUGUCAGAACUAGUCAAGUCUAAGGUGCCUGAUGUACACCAACAUGUUAUUAAUUUGGGCCUCCCGUGGGCAGUGAUAACCACAAAAUGGUUUGUCUGUUUGUUCGCUGAAGUUCUCCCCAUCGAAACAGUGCUACGGAUAUGGGACUGUUUAUUUUACGAAGGUUCAAAAAUCCUGUUCAGAGUGUGUCUGACGCUAAUACGGCAGAAUAGACAAAAGAUAAUGUCAUGCAAUGACUUCACAUCCCUGGCGGAGUGCUUCAAGUCCAUUGUAAAGGAUUACAGUGCAUUGCAUUGUCAUGAAUUUAUGGAGAAAAUAUUCACCGUACCUGGCUCUCUAUCGAACUCAACUAUAAUAAAGCUGAGAGAGCGGUUCGCGAAGCAGCGCCGUGAGCAACAGCAGAAGGAGCCGCCGCGAUGAGCUGCCCCGGACCACGCCGACAAUCGUGUUCUGAUCUCAAGCCACACAACCAAAUUGUACAUUAUACACUACUACUUAACACCUCUACUUAUACACUAUGACAACAUAUAUUUUGGAUCUCUAUACUUUUUAUUACCAACAAGUAAAUAAAUGAGGUCUAUUAUUCAAAUCCUACGAAUUUAUGUUUCUUAGGAAAUGUAGGGAGGUUACGCUAUUGAAAUAUUUACAUUCAUAGCUUGUUCCAAUUGUUUUAAUAGCUUCGUAUGGCGAAAGGUUAAUCGCCGCUGUUAUGAAACAAAGUAUAUCGAGCUUGUUGCGAUUUUGUACAAACAUUUACUAGUCUUUAUAUCCUUGCAUGUUUAGUAGCUAUUAAUUGAAUACCGGACAAAGAAACGAGUUGCGCUGAGGUUUUUUAUUUCCUAAAGUCAUGACAAACUCCUAAUGAUAUGCUCUGAAAGAUCAAUCAUCUCAAAAUAUAUCAUUUAAAUGAACUUCAUGACAUUAGUUGUUGCUAAUGUGGUGUUCCAGCUUUAUCUGCGAUCCUGAAUACAGGAUUGCAAAUAAUUUUGCUAAGUUAGUGUUAAGUUUAUAAUGUUGUUUUACAUAUCAUUAAAGUAUUUUUGUUUGUAGUAUUAUUUUUUUGCUGUUAAUUAUUGUGUCAGUUUUAUUAGAUUUGUAUUGUACCUGUAAACUGUAACAUAAGAUAUGAACAAAGUGAGCAUUUUACUAACUAUUUUACUAAUAAUUUCCAUACUAAUAAAUUAUUAUAAUGGGUUCGCUGCCACUUGCAGUACUAACAUUGAACUAAUUAGAAAUGGGUAUUGGUUCCCUUGUCACUAAAAAUAAAAGAGUAGAACAUCAGUCAUUGUUUACUUUGAACUUGUCAGCCAGCAAAAUAAUAAAAAGUUUUCUUCUUUAGUAAAUAAUUCAGAGUAAAGAUAUUUAAUAAUGCAUUUGAAUGAAAUGUUGGUGUCUAAACACUAUCUCUAUAAUUCACUUACUUAUAGUUCUUUUACUCUCUCAUUAUAGUUGUUAUAUUGGCUGACUAAAUUCAUUACUUUUGCCUAAUACGACUGAUGUCCUUUUAGUUUUUAAUGUAGACUAAAACAAUUGAUAUUUUUCGUAGUUUAAAAAUAUUCGCCAACCUUAUUAUUUAAGGUUUUUCUUUAACUUUUGCACAGUAAAUAUAUUUUUCUAUAUAUGUAUUUUACUAAAUAGGUGCUAAAUAUUUAUGUAUGCUACAAAAAUCGUACAAUCAUUGAUUAAAAAUUAAUGUAUGAUAGUUUCUGAUAUUUAUUAGAUACUAAUUUUGAAUUUGGUGUAGUUAUUGAUAAUUAAAGUGUUUAUUGUUCACGCGAGCCUAUUCAACAUAGCUAAGCAUGUUGUUAUGCUGAGUAAAACUUAGUUUUACAUGGCUUGAAAUUUUUUUAUGCAGUUAGUUAAUGAUUUGCUCAAAAUUAUCUGUGUUAGGUAUGUGUGUAGAAAUUAUAAUGUUAUUGUAACAUUAACAUACAUAGUAUCAUGUGACACCUUUAAUUCCCAAGGUGGUAGGUGCACAUAUACUAUGUAACACCCAUACAUCAUUGUAUUUUACAAAAAAAAUAUUUUUACUCUAAUACUACUUAAAUUUUUCACACAAAAAUGUGGACAAUAACUUUCACAUGCCAUUUAAUAAAAAUUACAACUUUAUAAUCCUACACAAUAAUUUUUAUAACUCCAUAAGAGUCACAAUUCUAAAUUUAAUAGUACAUAAAUAGGAAUUUUUGAAUAAAUUUUGUCAAUAGAUUCAUUAUUAAUAUAUGUAAUACAUGUUUAGUAUAGGAAAUGUACUAUGAAUGUAUUUUCUUAUAACCUCUUUUGAUGGUUUCUCUUUGGAUCCUGUGUAUUGUGCUGUGAUUAGCAAGCUGCUCUACCCAAUUCCAGUUUACUGUUAGGAUAGGCUAUGGAACCUGUAUUUGGAUGUUCAACAUGACAGAAUAGACUAUUGAGACGUUCAAA